GAUUCUCCGAGCGUCGCGUCCCAGAACACUUUUCCGAUUUUCACGGGACGAAAAUUAAGUAAAAAUUUCGCAUCCAGCUAAAACAAACAGUGCCGAGGACGAGAAAAUGCCGCCGAAGUUGAAAUUUACUGAAGGCGAGAAGGUGCUCUGCUUUCAUGGCCCAAUUAUCUACGAGGCGAAGAUGCUGAAGAGCGCUAUCAUGAAGGACAAGCAGGUGAAAUAUUUUGUACACUAUGCCGGAUGGAACAAGAACUGGGACGAGUGGGUGCCGGAGAACCGCGUUCUGAAAUACAACGAAGCUAAUUGCCAGCGGCAGCGUGAAGUCACAAAGCUGCAUUCAUCGCUGGUGAAGAAUAAGAAGAAUAGUGCAAAGGCCAAAAAAUCGGAAUCGCAAACUGGAGCCAGCACGCAGAGCAAGGACAAUGACUCGCGUGCUUCAACACCUUCGAAGGAGAUGAGCAAAGAGAAAGAACCGAAUCCAUCUCCGGCAGCUAGCGCCUCUUCGACGGUUGCAUCGUCGAAUGCGGCGAAUCUAAGCGGUAGCACCACUUCACUGUCUUCAGGCAGAAAUAGAUCGUCCUUGAAGACAGGAUCAAUACCGAAUACUGCGGGAACAUCCUCGUCUUCGAGUUCAUCUUCCACUUCCUCCACAUCGUCGUGUUCCACAGUAGUUGCAGCGUCGUCUGUGAACGCUAAAGAAAGUAGAGCAGGCGAGAACAAGGAAGUGGGUGAGUCGAAAGCGAAAGAGGAAACUGCUGGCGACUUAAAUGGCUCUAGAGCGAAAAAGCGUGGACGAAGCGAUACUAACUCAUCGAACGUUGAAUCUGAAGAUCAAUUUAUGUCGAAGGUUGAGGUGAAGAUCAAAAUUCCCGAUGAAUUGAAGCCAUGGCUGGUGGACGAUUGGGAUGCAAUAUCGCGGCAGAAUAAGCUGGUGGAGCUACCGGCAAAGGUGACGGUGCAGGAAAUCAUCGAUAACUAUGUGCAGUACAAAAAACAAAGCAAAAUGACGACCGCUACGAAGGAAACUGCUGUUACCGACAUUGGCAACGGUAUUGUGGAGUACUUCAAUGUCAUGCUUGGCUCGCAACUUCUCUACAAGUUUGAACGGCCUCAGUACGCGGACAUCAUCCAGCAGCACCCCGGAAUGCCAAUGGCCAAGAUAUAUGGUUCAUUUCAUUUGCUCAGACUCUUUGUAAAACUCGGUUCCAUGCUUGCCUUUACCUCCUUGGAUGAAAAGUCGACCCAAUCUCUGAUUGCACACAUACAGGAUUUCCUGAAGUACUUGGUUAAAAACAGCAGCACGCUGUUUAAUAUGCAGCAAUACGUUAAUACCAGUCCUGAGUACCACCGGAAGGCGCAGUAAUAGCGCCGCUUCUUUCUGCUGCUUCAUUUUGCGUUUUUAAAAUGAUGUAUUUAUACAAACUACAGCAAAAGUGAUCGCCACGAUCAGUCUCGCGUAUCUGUUCUCUGAAAUCCCUCACCGAUCGGGUUAUGAUCAUUAAGAACAUCAUAUGAACGGUAGAGCAGGACCCAAUAAAC